AUGUUAAGCCAGGUCGAAAACAAAAGAGUUAAAACACAUGGAGAAAUUCAAACAGAAGCAGCAGUAGCAUCUAAAAAAAGAAAAUCAGGACAUCAACAAUUAAUUACAAAAUACGGUGAAUCUGAUACAAUUGAACCAAUCAAAAAGCGAAUUUGUGAUUGUACAGUAGCCAAAUUUUUUAUCUGCUGCGGGGUCUCCUUUCGUCUUGUUGAACAUCCAUUUUUUAUCGAUAUGAUUAAAAGUUUGUGUUUAGGAUAUGAUCCACCACGAGCAUAUACACUUUCACAAGAUUUUUUAUAUGAGGAAUUAGCAAAUAUUGUGAUAUUAGAUGAAUCUCCAGAAAAGUUAAGUGCCGAUAUUUCAGAACUUAUCCGAAGUCGAUCUUUUUUUACCAAUGUAGAAGCUGUAAACACCCUUCUAGGACCAGUAAAAUCAGUUGUCAAAUCACUAGAAUUUAAAACAACAACACUUGCGGAUUGUUUUGUUGAAUUAAUUAAACUUUCACAGAAAAUCAAGUCACUCCCACCUGUUUCUGAUUAUGAUUUUAAAUAUCAAUGUGUUGAGCGUUUUAAUAAGCGCUGGAAAGAAUUUGAUAUCCAACUUUACCUUCUAGCAUACAUACUUCAUCCACACUACAGAGGAAAAGGACUACGACCAACUGUUUUACGUAAUGUGUAUAUUUUAGCGAUGGAAAUAUGGAUUAAUAUGGGAGGUGGUGAACUUUCUUCUGCCGAUUUAAUUUCCCAAAUCCAAUCUUUUUAUUUAAGAAAAGAAGAAUACAAUAUUCCAUUCAGUACGAAUAAAGGUGAUGUUCUUACUUGGUGGCUUUUAUGCAACCCUGUUCGUAGUGAAGAAAAUCAUAUUCAAAAACUAGCAUUAAAAAUACUAGCGAUAACUCCUCACAAUGCUGGCUGUAAAAGAGUUUUUUCAGUAUUGGGAUGGUUUGCAAAUCAAAGAAGAACUAAAUUAAAAGUUGAAAAAUUGGAAGCUAUGGCCAAACUUCAUACGCACUAUAUUAUAAAUGCCCAAAAAGAACUAAAAUAUGCUUAUGCAGUUAUUUAUUUAUUUCAGACCAUUAUCGAACAGCAUACAGGAGAUAUAGAAGAAAUAGACAUCUCUCAUCAAGAGAUAGUAGAUCUCAUCAUCGUAAACGAAGUCGAAGUCGAACUCCUAUUUUUUGUAGAACACCAGACCCUUAGAGACCAGGACGAACCAUACCUACAUAAUAAAGAACUAGGACGCCGGACUCUUGGAAACGAACCCGGACUUGGAUGUGUCGGACUACUAUUUUUUGUAGAACGCCGAACCCUUAGAGACAAGACGAACCCGGACUUGGAAUGUAAGGAAUAUGGGAAGGGGAGUGGUGACGCCAAACUCUUAGAAGGCGAACUUACACUUGAGGAACGCCGGACGAAUUAUACGAACCAGACUUUAGUGAAAGGUUCUUGGACUGCUAACACGCUGAAACAUUAUUGA